GGACUUUACCACACACUUCCACUUCUUCUUCUUCUUCAGCCCAGGGAAAAGUCCCGAGUUUUGCGGAGGAGUGUGAGCGCGAUCAGAAGCUGCAGAGAGCUCCAGAAAAAGGUCCCGAGGAUCCAGUGAUUUUUGGAGAUCCAGGCUCCGGCCAGGGAGCGGGUUGGGGUUGGGGCUGUGACCGGUGGAUGAGUCCCGCGGGCCGGACCCGCCGCGUCGCUUCACCCGCCGCUCCAGAACCGCACCAGUGGGACCAGUGGGGUCUGAUCCCGGACCAGGGGGACUGAUCACGGACCCAGAGCUGGGUUACUGCUGCUGCUACUGGAAAAAGAAAACAAAAAAACAUGGGCACUCCGAGCUUUCUGAGCCGUGGACUUAUCCUCACCUUGGUGCUCACAUGCCAUCUGCUUUCUGUGACCGGGGCCUCCAAGGUCUGGGGAGAGGUGCCGCUUCCAGAAGAUCUGGAGUCCGGAAAAGAUGUCAAGGUGUCUCCAAGUUUACUGGAUGAUGACGAGGACUUUGCCGCUGAUGAAGCUUCUGGAGACCUGCCGAGUGGAGAGGAGAACGGCAGCACGCCAGAUCCCGAGAGCACAAACCACUGGUUGGACUCCUCGUAUCUGAGGAACAUGCAGAGCCCAGUCGAGCCAGAAUACAUUUAUUACAGGGCUCUCGUCAACUUCACCAACUCGGUGGUCUACGGCCCUGAACUGGAGAACAUCUACUCAUCAGAAUUCUACGAGAUCUCUGAGGCGGUAACGGACACGCUGGAGUCGGAGUACAACAAAAUCCCAGGUGUCCAGACGGUCAACGUGGUCCUCAUUAAGAAAAUGAUAAGACAGGAUGGCGUUGAUAUAUUUGUGGAAUUGGAUGUGGGAUCUGACUACAACAACGAGGGGCAGAUCCGCAACGUGCUCUACGGCGUGGUGAAGGCGGGAGCCAUCGCCUCCUACGUCACGUCGGUCCAGGGUUUCCAGUUCAGACGGCUUGGAGCAGUUACCCCCAGUAAAAGACCCUGCAUGGCGGAUGAGCACAGGUGUGGUGAUGGAACGUGCAUCCUGCUGGAAUACCUGUGCGACAACAGACCCGACUGCAGGGACAUGAGUGAUGAGCUGAACUGCGCCAUCACAACCCCGGCCCCCAGCACCACCACCACCACCACCACCGUCCCGGGGAAAGGAACGCUGCCCGGAGUGUUUCUGCCCUGCAGAGCAGACCAGGCCACCUGCCAGAGCGGGGAGUGUAUUCCCCGAGACUACAUCUGUGACGGGGAGAGGGACUGCGCCGAUGGCAGUGACGAAUUCAGAUGUGGCACUCCUUCACCUUGUGAGCCCAACGAGUUCAAGUGUAAAAACGGCCGCUGCGCUCUCAAACUUUGGCGUUGUGAUGGCGACAACGACUGCGAGGACAACUCUGAUGAAACAGCAUGUCCCACCAAGGGUCCGGAUGACAGAUGUGCUCCUGAGCAGUUUGAAUGCGUGACUGAUCGCACCUGCAUCCCGGCGAGUUACCAGUGUGACGAGGAGCCGGACUGCCCGGACCGCUCCGACGAGUACGGCUGCACCCCUCCAUCGGUGACCAGUCCACCUGAGGAGUCUGUCCAAGCGGCGCGGGGCUCCAGCGUGACCUUCUCCUGCACAGCGGUCGGCGUUCCAGUGCCCAUUAUUUCCUGGAGACUCAACUGGGGCCACAUUCCCGCCAGCAGCAGGAUUUCCAUGACCAGCGAGGAGGGCCGUGGUACCCUCACGAUCCGGGACGUGAAGGAGGCGGACCAGGGCGCCUACACCUGCGAGGCCAUCAACGCUAAGGGCCUGGUGUUUGGGAUCCCUGACGGAGUGUUGACGCUCAUAACUGGUCCCAACCCAGGUAACUGUCCCGAUGGUCACUUCAGCAUGAGUGGACGCUGCGUGUCCUGCUUCUGCGCCGGAAUCAGCAAGAACUGCAAGAGCACCGGACGCUACCGCAACCAGAUCAGCCUGCGCUUCACCGAGGAGGACAACUUCAAAGGAGUGAACGUCACGUACCCCUCCAGGCCGGGAACUCCUCCUCUCUCCUCCACUCAGCUGCUCAUUAACCCCGAGAUGGAGGAGUUCCAGCUCGUCGACUUGUCGCGCCGCUUCCUCAGCCUGGACUCCUACUGGACCUUGCCUCGCCAGUUCCUGGGCAACAAAAUCGAUUCCUACGGAGGAACCCUGAAGUUCAAGGCGCGGUACACGCUGGCCCGCGGCCUCACCGAGCCCAUGGAGAAGCCCGACGUCACGCUGGUUGGAAACGGACACAGACUCGUGUACCGCAGAGGCAAAGGAACCCCUCCCAAUGUGGUCAACCAGAAAGAGAUCCGAUUCACUGAAGACAACUGGCAGCACUCCAACGGGCGAACCGUGAGCCGGGAAGACCUGCUCAUGACGCUGGCUAAACUGGACAGCGUCAACAUCCGCACCAUGUACGACGACCACAUGGUCAGCGUGGCGCUCAGCGACGUCGUCAUGGAUACCACCACGGUGGAGUUCAGCACCCUGGGCCACGCCAAGGCUGUGGAAGAAUGCAGAUGUCCUCCCGGGUACACGGGCCUGUCGUGUGAGCUGUGCUCCUCUGGGUUCGAGCGCGUGCCCGGCGGCCAGUACAUGGGCACCUGCGCCGGCUGCAACUGUUACGGACACGCCACGGCCUGCGACCGCAUCAGCGGACACUGCUUGAGCUGCCAGCACAACACAGAGGGCCCUCAGUGUGACAAGUGCCGUCCCGGCUACUUCGGCGACCCCAGCCGGGGUCGGCCCGACGACUGCAAGCCCUGCCCCUGCCCGUACACCGAGACGUCACGCCGCUUCUCCGACACCUGCUUCCUGAACAUCGACCAGCAGCCGACAUGUGAUGCCUGCAGGCCCGGAUACACGGGAAGGCGCUGUGAGAAGUGUGCUCCUGGUUACCAGGGCAACCCCCUGCUGCCUAAUGGGAAAUGUGUUCCUAACCAAAACGGGAAAACAGGAAAGUGUGAUAACAGAGGAGCUCUCACUUCCACCAGCAGGCCGUGCAGCUGCAAGAACAACGUGGCGGGCGCUCUGUGUGACGAAUGCAAGGCCGGGUUCUUCCACCUGGCAGAGGCCAACCCUGAAGGCUGCCUUCGCUGUUUCUGCAUGGGCAUCACCAAACAAUGUGCCAGCUCCACCUGGAGCAGAGACCAGGUGCGAGGAGGCGUGAAUGGGCAGCUCUUCUCCCUCUCCAACAGCGCCAACACCAAAACUAUCUCCGAUGGCAUCUCCCAGAGAGGCUCGUCUGAAGUCGUGUACCGCCUCUUCUCCACCGUCCCCAAAGACGUCUACUACUGGGUCCUGCCCGAGAGCUUCAGAGGAGAUAAGGUGACGGCCUACGGAGGGGAGCUCCGCUACACCGUGCGCUUUGAGCCUCUCCAGCGCUCUCUGGUGAUUGACGGCCAGCCAGACGUGGUUCUCCAGGGCAACGGCAUCUUCCUGGAACACUACUCUCAGUCAAAGCCCCUCCCGCGGGCGCCACAAACUAAGACUCUGAUUUUCAGAGAGGCUGCGUGGCGGCGAGCGGACGGCCAGCCGUGCACCCGGGAGCACCUGCUCAUGGCCCUGGCUGACGUUACCGUCUUCAUGAUCAGGGCCAGCUACGCAGACAACAUGGUGGAGAGCAGUAUUUCAGACAUCAAGAUGGACAUUGCUGUUCCUCAGUCGACGGGUAAUGACAGGGCUGUGGAGGUGGAGGAGUGUGCCUGCCCUCAGGGCUACAGAGGACCAUCCUGCCAGGAAUGCGAUGAGGGCUACACGCGGACCAGCUCUGGCCUGUACCUGGGCACCUGUGAGAGGUGCCACUGCAACGGCCACGCCAGCAGCUGUGACCCGGAGACCGGCCGCUGUCUGCAAUGUCUCCAUAACACUGAUGGGCAGAGGUGUGAGCGCUGUCAGCCCGGUUUCUAUGGCGACCCGGUGGCAGACGGUACUCAGGGCUGUCAGCCAUGUCCCUGUCCUGGAACGGCUUCAAACAACCAAUUUUCCUCCACCUGUUUCUUGGACAAUGAUGGGCAGCCGACCUGCGACAACUGCCCUCCUGGAUUCCGAGGUCGGCGCUGUGAAAGAUGUUCCCCGGGAUACACUGGCAACCCACUCCUUGGACUGAAAUGCGGAGUUGGCAAUGAAGUCAAUGGUAACUGUUAUAGCUGUGACGAGAGAGGACGUGAGACCUGCAGUGACGGUGUUUGCUACUGCAAGAUGAACGUUGAGGCCCCCACUUGCUCCAGCUGCAAGCCUGGGAGCUUCCAUCUCAGCCAGGAGAAUAAAGACGGCUGCCUGUCCUGUUUCUGUAUGGGUGUGACCCAGCAGUGCUCCAGCUCCACACACUACAGAGACCAGGUGUCCUCAGUGUUUUUCCCGGGAGACUUCCAGGGCUUCGCUCUGGUGAACCGCCAGCGCACCAAUCGCAUCUCCACCGGCUUCACCGUGGAGGUUUCCACCGAGGGCCCCACUCAGCUGUCCUACAGCAACUUCGACUAUCUGGGACAGGAGCCGCACUACUGGCAGCUUCCAGACGUUUACCAGGGAGACAAGAAACAAUCUUUUUCUCGUCUGAAACGAGCAGAGCAGGGUGAUUUCAGGCAACUGGAUGAAGAAGUCUGGGCACUGCUAUCUAAUUUCUCCAAUAAGCGAGCUGCUCCUCUUACAUUCUCCAAGUCCCCCUCUCUUCCCUCUCCCCGGGUGCCGUCUUCCUCCUCUUCCUCCUCUUCCUCCUCCUCCUCCUCCUCCUCCUCCUCCUCCUCCUCCUCCUCCUCCUCCUCCUCUCGAUGGUCUUUGCGUAACCGGAGCGCCCCCCUCCCUCCGUCGGGUCUGUCCUCCUCGGUCGGGCCGACCCAGCCGCAGCCGUACGCUCCUCCAGUGCAGAGCAAGAACACAGUGAGAAAGACCCCUAGUUCUUCCAGCGGCAAGUCCGCUCUGGUCUACAAAGGCUUCAGCCUGCAGCAGGAUGACGAUGCGCUGUACUGGCAGCUCCCAGACCAGUUCACAGGGGAUAAGGUGGGCUCGUAUGGUGGUAAACUCAAAUACACCAUCUCCUACGUGGCCAGUCCGAGAGGAACGCUCCUGGAAGACGCUGACGUCCAGAUCAUCGGCAAUGACAUCACGCUGGUGUCUCGUCAGCCCUGGCAGACCAGACAGCAGGGCACCAGAGAGACCAAAACGUUUGAGCUGGUCUUCAGGGAGGAAAACUGGCGGCGCCCUGACGGCAUGCCCGCCACCAGAGAGCACCUGCUGAUGGUCCUGGCCGACCUGGACGACGUCCUGAUCCGAGCCUCCUACUCGUCUGAGAUGCGCUCCUCCAGCAUCUUCGACAUCAGCAUGGAGGUGGCCGUGCCCAACUACAGCGGGCUGGCCCAGGCCCUGGAGGUGGAGCAGUGCCGCUGCCCGCCCGGGUACCAGGGGCUCUCCUGCCAGGACUGUGCGGCCGGAUACACGCGCACCGGAGGAGGCUUGUACCUGGGCCACUGCGAGCUCUGCGAGUGCAACGGCCACUCGGAAUCCUGCCACCCGGAGACCGGCAUCUGCACGAGCUGCCUGCACAACACGCAGGGCGAGCUCUGCGAGCUCUGCGCCCCCGGCUUCUUCGGCGAUCCAACGGUUGGAACUCCGGAGGACUGCCAGCCAUGCGCCUGCCCUCACGCUGACCCAGACAACCAGUUCUCCCCGACCUGCGAGAGCCUUGGAAACGGAGGCUACCAGUGCACCGCCUGUCAGCCUGGAUACACGGGCCAGUACUGCGAACGCUGUGCUGCUGGAUAUGUUGGGAACCCCAUGGAAAGAGUCAAGUGUCGUGCAAAUGAUGACGCAGCCUCCCUGGUGGUGAGGAUUUAUCCAGAAAUGGUCCCAGCGUCCCCGGGCAGCCCCGUCACUCUGCGCUGUCAGGUGUCUGGAUCUCCUCCACAUUACUUUUCCUGGACCAGACAGGACGGGCGGCCCAUCUCCAUCAGCGCUGAGAGACGCAGACAAGGAGCAGAGCUCCACUUCCCCAGCAUCCAGCCCAGCGAUGCUGGCGUGUACAUCUGCACCUGCCGGGACCAGCGCAGCAGCAACAGGAGCCGGGCGGAGAUCGUCGUGUCAGGUGGCUCGUCUAAGCCCAUCGAAGUCACAGUGGAGGAGCCCAAAUCCCACACUGUCCGAAUGGGAUCCACCGUCAACUUCAUCUGCACCGCCAAGAGCAAGUCUCCAGCCUACACACUCGUUUGGACCCGUCGGGGUAACGGGAAGCUUCCCAACCGGGCCAUGGACUUCAACGGCAUCCUGACCAUUCAGAACGUGCAGCCCGAGGACGCGGGCGACUACGUCUGCACGGGCUCCAACAUGUUUGCCAUGGACGAAGGCAGCGCCACCCUCUAUGUGCUAGAGGCCUCAAAGACUCAGAUGUUUUACACAGCCUAUGAAAUGUUUGAAGGACACAGAAAGCCUGCAGAGGGAGUCCAGCCCGUGGCCUCCAUCUCUCCCUCGGUGCUCAACGUCCGGCAGGGUCAGCGGGCAGAGUUUCGCUGCAUGGCAACAGGAAGUCCAACCCCAGCCAUCGAGUGGAUCGGAGGUCCAGGGAACAGAAUGAGUCCCAGAGCGGUGAUACGAGGCGACACGCUGACGUUCACAGCCAUGGACCAGGCUGAUGAAGGAGAGUACACCUGCAAGGCCCUGAACACCCACGGAGAGCACACGGCACGCGCCUCCAUCUUCGUCCAAAAAUCAAACCCGGGUGGCCUCGGUACCCAGCCCCAAGUCCAAGUCAGUCCACAAAACGUUGAGCUCCAUGAAGGUGACACGUUGAGGUUGUACUGCCGGGCGUCGGGGUCGCCCACCCCAAAGCUCACCUGGCUGAAAAAUGGAGGACAAAUCCCCCCACAGGCCAUUCCCUCUCACGGUUUCCAUCAGUUUAAAAGCAACAGUCUCGAUGUGUUACAGAGACGUAUUGAGGAGCUGCAGGCCAGGAUGGACCGCACCGACAUCGGCACCCUGCUCAUCCCCAGCAUCAAGAUGUCCGACUCGGGCACCUACAUGUGUGUCGGCAGCAACAGCAUCGGCUCCAAUAGUGCUCCUAUCAAGGUCAAUGUGCUCAAAGCAGCAGACCACAGCUCUACGGUCGUUAGUAUCCAGCCAGCGAUAGCUGACGUCCAGGAGGGCCAGAACCUGGAGCUGAACUGUUUUGCUCCUGGGAAUCCUCCUCCCCGGGUCACCUGGACCCGGGCCAGCGGACGCCUCUCCGCCAACCACCAGGUUGUGGGCAGUCAGCUGCGCAUCCUGUCGGCCAGCGCCGAGGACUCUGGGGAAUACGUGUGCCGCGUGCAGGGCAACCCCGGGAACUCUCAUGUCCACCAGGCCUCCGUCUCUGUCUCCGUCACCUCGUCUUCCUCACGCCUGCAGAGCCCCAUCAUCGCCAUCGAACCCCACAGCGCUGCAGUGCGUGUGGGCGAGUCGGCCAGCUUCAAGUGUGGUCUGUACAGCGGAGCGCAGCCCGUCAGACUGGAGUGGAAGCUCGCCAGCAACCAGCCGCUGCCAGAAAACGUCAAAGUGAGCCCUGAUGGUUCUGUUAUUACCAUUAACAAUGUCCACUCCAUGAACCACGGAGCCUACCGCUGUGUGGCCAGCAACCCGUUCGGCAUCACCCACAGCAUCGUGUCUCUGAUCGUUAAAGAGUCUCCCCUGGCCAUCGUCACGCCCACCGGCCCUGUCCGGGUCAGGAUGGGGGAAGCCAUCAACCUGGAGUGCCAGGCUUCAGGUGAGCCCCGGCCCUCGGUGCAAUGGCACCGGCUGGACAACAACCGCAAGACCAUGCUGAGCAGCCCCGUGCCCAUGGACUCCAACGCAGUCAUGCAGAUUCUAGUUGCUCGUACAGAAGACAGUGGCACCUACGUGUGCGCGGCUCGUAACACCGAGGGCCUCACCGAGACCAAAGUGGAGGUAGUGGUUGAGGGGGGGUCCCAGGUGCCGUCGGUCCCCAGGCCCUUCGUUCCUGAGCCGCUGAUGAUUGUGGUGGAGGGACAGACCGCAACCCUCCGCUGCGAUGCCCACGGACUUCCUGCCCCCACGAUCACGUGGUCCAAGCUGCGGUCCCCUCUGCCUUGGAGACACAAGGUGGUGAAUAACAGUCUGGUGCUGCCCAGCGUUGGCCGGCAGGACUCUGGCGAAUACAUCUGCAGUGCCACAAACAACAUGGGCACCACCGAUGUCACGGUCAUGCUCGAUGUGGAGACUCCCCCGUACGCCACCUCUAUGCCGGACGACGUGGCGGUGCGGGUCGGGGAGGUGAUCCGGCUGCAGUGCCUGGCCCACGGCACCCCCCCGCUGACCUACAGCUGGACCAGGCUGGAGGGAAGCCUGCCCUCCAGGGCCGAGGUCAGCGGAGGAGACCUGCAGAUCAACCUGGCCACCGCCGAGGACGCUGGGAGUUACAAGUGUGUGGCCACCAACAAAGUGGGCCGCAGCGAGGCGGUCGCUAAAGUCACAGUCAGAUCCCCCCUGGCGGUGCGGGUAUCCCCUCAGGUGGAGGUGAAGGCUCAGGGCAGCGCCGUGGAGUUCACCUGUUCAGCAGCAGGUGGGGUAGAAACCAAGAUUGAGUGGCUCAAGGAAGGAGGAGCUUUGCCAUCGAACCACCACAUCAAGGAUGGAGUGCUCAGGAUUGAGAACCUGGAGCAGAGCAAUGAGGGAGUUUAUAUCUGCAGAGCGAGCAGUGUGUACGGCCAAGCUCAGGACACGGCCAGGCUGACCAUCCAAGCGCUGCCGAAGGUCAUGAUCAACGUGCGCACGUCGGUGCAGACGGUGAUGAUAGGGAACUCGGUGGAGUUUGAGUGCCAGGCCGUGGGCGACCCCGAGCCCACGGUCCGGUGGAGUAAAGUGGGCGGCUCCCUGCCGGCCCACAUCAUGGUGAAGGGAGGCAUGCUGAGGAUCGAUCGCGUGACGGAGGCGGACGCCGGCCACUACCGCUGCACGGCCACCAACGACGUGGGCUCCGUCCAGUCGCAGGUGGUGCUCAACGUCCAGUCUCUCCCUCAGAUCGCUGCGCUGCCAGAAACCAAGGAGGUGGCGGUGGGGUCUGAUGCCGUCUUACCCUGCGUGGCCUCAGGAUAUCCUGUGCCCGACAUCCAGUGGUCAAAGAGGGAAGGAGAGCUUCCUCCUAAGUGUUACCAGGAGGCCAACACGCUGACGGUUCCUCGGGUCACUCACGACGACUCCGGCACAUACAUCUGCACCGCCACCAAUAAACAGGGCAAAGUGGAAGCCUUCACUACGCUUGAAAUCCACGAGAGGGUGAUGCCGUACUUCGCCCAGGAGCCCCUGUCGUUCCUCACUCUGCCCACCAUCAAAAACGCCUACAAAGCUUUCAGCAUGAAGAUCAACUUCAGACCUGACAAUGUUGACGGUCUCAUAAUGUACGCCGGUAUGAUCCUCUACAACGGCCAGAGGAAAACCACAGGAGCUGAUUUCAUCUCUCUGGGACUUGUGGGCGGCCGCUUGGAGUUCAGGUUUGACGUGGGCUCGGGCAUGGCCACCAUCCGGGACUCCAACCCCAUCAAGCUGGGCGAGUUCCACACGGUGGAGUUGCACCGCAACCUCACCCAGGGAUACAUCACGGUGGACGGAGGGGAGCCCAUCAACGGCAGCUCCCAGGGAAAGUUCCAGGGCCUUGAUCUGAACGAGGAGCUGCAUGUGGGUGGUUACCCCAACUACACGGUCCUUGCCAAAACUGCCGGCAUUAAGUCCGGUUUUGUGGGUUGUAUCCGUCAGCUGAUCAUUCAGGGAGAGGAAGUCAUUUUUAAAGACCUGGACCGCAGCUCCACCGGCGUCACAAACUGUCCAACCUGCAAAGAUCAGCCCUGCCAGAACGCUGGGAGGUGUGAGGAUUCAGAAGCCAGCUUGUAUAAGUGCAGAUGCCCCAAAGGAUUUACAGGCAGCAACUGCCAGCAUCACUCCUCCCUGCACUGCCACUCAGAGGCCUGUGGACCCGACGCCACCUGCAUCAACCGUCCGGACGGCCUGGGCUACGACUGCCGCUGCCACCUGGGCAAGUUUGGAAAUAAAUGCAUGGGGGGUGAACUGGUGACGACUCCGCUGUUCAACGGUGACGAGUCAUAUAUCGCUUAUCCUCCCUUAACCAACAUCCACGAUGACCUGCGUGUUGAACUGGAGUUCAAGCCAAUGGAGAGAAAUGGCCUGAUGUUUUUCUGCGGCGGGAAAAAAAUGAAGGUGGAGGACUUUGUUUCCAUUUCCAUGGUGGACGGGCAGGUGGAGUUCAGAUACGAACUGGGCACAGGACAGGCAGUUCUGCGUAGUCCUGAGCCGGUCUCUCUGGGCCAGUGGCACAGACUGGUAGCUGAGAGAAACAAGCGUGCCGGCCACCUGAAGGUGGACCAGGGCCCGACGGAGAGGAGGACUUCCCCAGGGAAAGCCCAGGGCCUCAAUAUCCACACCCCCAUGUACCUGGGAGGAGUUCCCAGCAUGCUCCUGCUCCCCAAGCCCGCCAACGUCAGCAGAAUGUUCGAUGGCUGUAUAGGAGAGGUUUCCAUCAACAACAAGAAAGUGGAUCUGUCGUACAGCUUCACGGAGAGCAAGCUGAUCAGCGAGUGUGUGGACAACAGCCCCUGCGACCGCCGGCCCUGCCUGAACGGCGGAGACUGCAUGUCCAGCGCCGAGUAUGAAUACCAGUGUCUCUGUAAGGACGGAUUUGAAGGCGAGCGCUGCGAGGUGGUGAAAGACGUGUGUCAGAGCAACCUUCAGUGCCAAAACGGGGGAAGCUGCGUCAACGGACUGUGUGUGUGUAAGCCGGAGUAUACGGGCUUCAACUGUGAGAAAAGCCAGCUCCUAAGCUUCCCCGAGGUCCCGUGGAACACAGGAGCUAGCGAGGCUAAUGAUUCGCCUUAUCAGUAUGCCGCUCAGUUCCGCAGCGAUGGAUAUAUCGCCCUUCCUAGAUCCGUUUUCCCGAGAAGUGCGCAUGACUCGCCGGAGACGAUUGAACUGGAAAUCAACACCCACUCCAACGAGGGGCUGAUCCUGUGGCAGGGAGUGGAAACCAAUGGCGCACGCAAAUUGCGAAAGGUGCAUGCUAGUAAAAAGGAACCCGGGGAACAUGGCAAGGGCAAGGAUUUCAUCAGCCUUGGCCUUGAAAACGGACACCUGGUUUUCAGUUACCAGUUGGGCAGCGGGGAGUCCAAAAUCUUUUCCCACAAGUCUGUCAAUGAUGGGAGAUGGCAUAAGAUCACAGCAGUCAGAACUGGAAAAACUGGAUAUAUCCAGAUUGAUGGAGGAAACGCUCAGCAUGGACAGUCUAAAGGCAAAAGCCUCAUGGUCAACACCAAAGGCAGUUUAUACCUUGGCGGAGCACCCGACAUGGCGGCCAUGACGGGAGGGAAGUUUUCGUCGGGAAUGAUGGGCUGCGUGAGGAACCUGACGCUGCUGAACGCUCGGCCGGGACAACAGGCGGCCCAGGCCAUCGACCUGCAGGCCCACGCGGCCCAGGGCAUCAAUGUCCAACCCUGCUCUUCAUAGACACACACCAGCACACACGCACACACACACACACAUUCAGAGAGACUAUGGAGUGACGUCACACACACACAGCAGACUCACUCGGAGAGACUUACACAAGUAGAGCCUGACACAAACUUGGUGCUUUGCUGCUACCAAAAAACAAAAAACAUGACUCAAAAUAAUGCUUUCCUCUGUGUGCAGUUAAACCAAAAAGAAAGGAAAAAUUAAGAAGUCUUCUUCUCUUUACUGAUGUGUUCUGAAUGAAGGACUUUAAACAAAGGACAACCAGUACAGUUUUCAUACUUCCAGUAGUAGUUUUAGCCGAGAACAGAUUAAGAGUAAAGCAUAUUAGGCCUUCUACGAUGGGUCAGAUUCUUUGGAGUUGGAGAGGUUUUUACAGCACUGAAUUUUUAUUUAUAAACAUAUGAAUAUAUAUUAUAUUUGUGAGGGGAAAACAUGCAAACUAACCAUACAACUGCUCUUCACCUUUCCUAGAGUUGAUUCUGUUCUGGGUUCUAAUACUGUGUGUGUGUCUAAGGCUUUUUGCAGGCCUAACUUUAUUAAUACUUGAAGACGUUUGGGCCUUCUUUCUUCACUUCUGUAGAGGAAUCUUUUUUUUUUUGUUUUUAUUUUGCGAGCAUGCUUCAAGUCACUAGCAAACCAAUGGGAGACGAGUGCACUCAAUCAGCUUCAGUUCACCACUCAGGCUGUCCAACACAAAUGAACUAACCACAAAUUGUUACAAAAGUACUGCCGCGUUAACUCACACCGCAUUUCUGCUUCGCAAGUAAUUCACAUAAAUGUUGUGUCAUUAUUUAUAAUACAAAAUUUAUAAUACAAGAACAUGAAAUAAAUGUUGUGUCUUUUUUUAAUGAAGAGAAAAAACCUUGGUGCUAAUGUCAGACAUGAUGAUACAGCAUGUAGUCAUACCAUUUGCCUGUCUAUCUCACGUAGAGGUCUUUUUGUUUUUAAUUGGGAUACAUACAGUACAUACGGCAGAUGAAGAAGAAAAACUAUCUACAGUAGUCUUUUUGUUAAUGCAUGGGAAUUUGAUGUUGAUUUGAUGAUGAAACCUCUUGGUUUGUUGCCUCCACAGCCUUAUUUGAUUGAGUAGAUCUCAAAAAAGGAGUGAAGAUCAAGAAAAGGGUGUGAUUAUAUAUUUUUUUUCCUUUUAAUGUGUGGUUGUUGAAGAUAUUUUAUGUGUCAAAACUAUCUGCCAGUCAGGUAGAUAUCUUUUAUCUAUUGAGAAUGAGUGUAGCUAUAAGAAGUCAAAUUGUUUUUAUCGUGUCAGUUUCAGCCCCGUCUGGUUUUUUUUUCUCACCGGUCGCUCUGCAUUCAAUCACACGUAAAAAAGUAGUGUCUCUCUCUGUGUGUGUCAUUAAUUAACCAAAUCCUCAGGAGGGUCGACCCAGAACUGCCUCACGUCUCCACUUAAAUUUCAGGUUUUGGUAGCUUUAUACAGUAGACACCUCAGUAAGCUAUGAAACUCUGAAGGUUGUUCAGUUCUGUGGGUUGUUUUCUCUGCAGAGGGAGAGUUGAUUCCUGUCGGGUUGCGGAUGCAGCACAAGCUUCCUGCAGAAGCUGCACUCAGUAGUGAAACUAAUGCAGCAUGCUCACUCGCUUUUAGUCAAACACACGGCAAAACCACCAUUACUUUGGGCUUCACAAGCCUUUUUUUCUUACUUUCUUUGUUAGCUUCAACUAUGUAUAUUAAUAUCCUAAAACCUUUUCACUUCAAGUCUCUUCACUUUUAUUUAUUUCCUGUGUUUUCCUUUUGCCCUUGUCUUCCACAACUUGUGUUUCAAGACUCAGUUCUAUACCUUUUUUUUAGAGCAAUUACAGAAGCUUGCUGUUUUCCUUUCUGUGGUUAUUGUGUAUUGACCCACAUCCCGUUUUUUUCCCGCGCGACACAUUCUUCACAAAAAGCAGCCAAACAAGCUUCCGUGAAAUGGCGAUUAAUAAAACACCAGUUGACUGGAGGAGUUGUCCGGUCAAAUGAAUGAAAACUUUUCUCACUAUUCUCUUGAUUUCCAAAAAAAAAAAAAAAAAAAAGUAUUUUCCAAUUCAUUGAUGCAGAGAACGGUGUCAACAUGAACACGUGGACGAAGGAAAGAGAAUGCUGUUGUCCAGAUUUGUGGAGAUGAGGCAGGAGAUGCUGGUGUGUGUGCCCCUUGUCGGGUGCCUUUUGUGUAUCUGCUCUUAAACCGGAUUGUCACACAAACAGUGCCGACAACUGCAAAGAUUCUUUAGGUCUUUGUGACACCAUUGCAACUUUGAAAGCUUCCUUCUUUUUUUUUUGUACUGAUGAAAAUGCUUAUGUUUCCUCUUUUAAAAGACAAAACAUUUUUUUAUCAUUUCACCUGUGAAAGACCGACAAAUACCUAAAUCAGUAACUUGAGAAA